GAGAGAGAGAGAGAGAGAGAGAGAGAUUGAGCUGACUCGUGCGUCUAGAAUCAAUCAGAUGUUUCUCCUCUCACUCAUUCUGAUUCGCUGUUGGCUCUGAGAAGCAAUCGUAGGCUCUCUUUCUCCCUCCCUCCUCUUUCUCUCUCUCUCUCUCCCUCUCUCUCUCUCUGCCUCACUCUCUCCCUCAUUCAUUCUGUCUAGCGCUGGAAUCGGAGCAGUUCCUCCUGCUUUCUUCUUCUCUCCUCCGCUCCUCCACUCUACUUCUUCCUCCUCUGCUUCUUCUCCUCCUCCUCUGUGAUUUGUGCUUCUCCUCUCCGCGUCUCUGCGUUUCAGUCUUCUUCAUAUCACUUGGAAUGUGGCACUCUUUGGCUUUGAUUCUGUUUGGAAUCUCUGCUCUGGUCCAGGUGUCGGUGCAGGGCCCUCACCAGAGGGCUCUGUUGAAAAACCUGCUGAAAGACUAUAACCCUAUGGAACGGCCCGUGGCCAAUGACUCUCAGCCCCUCACGGUCGUUCUGUCUCUCAGCUUGGUGCAGAUCAUGGAUGUGGAUGAAAAGAAUCAGGUCCUCACCACCAACAUUUGGCUCAACAUGCGGUGGUAUGACCACUAUUUGCAGUGGAACCAAUCGGAAUACCCAGGAGUGAAGAAUCUUAGAUUCACCACUGACCAAAUCUGGACACCUGACAUCCUGCUCUAUAACAGUGCUGAUGAUGAGUUUGACUCCACCUUUAAGACCAACGUACUGGUGAACUCCAGCGGAUACUGCAAUUACUUGCCUCCAGGUAUCUUCAUGAGCACCUGUAAUGUGGACGUUCGCUGGUUUCCAUUCGACAUCCAGAAGUGUGAGCUAAAAUUUGGCUCUUGGACAUUUGACGGCUGGCUGCUGGACCUCCAGAUGAGUGAGGCCGAUAUCUCUGGCUACAUGCCCAACGGGGAAUGGGACCUUGUGGGUGUUCCAGGCUCGAGGAACGAGAUUUUCUAUGACUGCUGCAAGGAGCCGUAUCCAGACGUGACGUUUGUGGUGACCAUCCGCAGGAGAACGCUAUACUAUGCCCUGAACCUGCUCAUACCCUGCGUGCUCCUCUCCUCAAUGACCCUGCUCAUCUUCCUGCUGCCUGCUGACUCUGGAGAGAAGAUAUCACUAGGUAUUACUGUCCUGCUCUCACUCACAGUCUUCAUGUUAUUGGUGGCAGAAAUUAUGCCUGCCACCUCUGACUCCAUCCCGCUGAUUGGGCAGUACUUUGCUAGUAUAAUGAUCAUCGUUGGAAUGUCAGUCAUAGCCACCGUGGUUGUGUUACAGUAUCAUCAUCAUGACCCAAAUGGAGGAAACAUGCCCAAAUGGGUCCAACUCGUGUUGCUCCAGUGGGUGGCCUGGUUCUUGCGGAUGAAGCGCCCUGGUGAAGGCGAGGAUCCUGAACGUCCUCCCUGUGCUCCUCACCUCCGCCGCUGUUCCUCAGGCUCUCACAGCGGCAGCAUCCCCAAUGCAGCCGGUUCAGGCUCCGCCGACCUCCACCAUCACCACCACCACCCGUCCACCACGCUGCACCCACUGCAUCCCCAGAGUCUGCUCCACGUUGCGGCCACUGCUGGCCAUCCCAACCAUAUUCACUCGCAGAGCAACAGCGUCAACAACAAUGGCAACCUGCUGUACAUUGGCUUCUCUAGUCUGGACGAGGCCUCGCCGCCACCCUUGCUGACCGACUCCGUGCAGAGGAACAACGUCCAGGGCGUCGGUCGUCCGUCUGUGGUGUCGCCCCCAGCCGUGCCUCCCUCCAGCCCACCGCCCCACUUGCCCUCGCAGUUCUGCAGCCCUCCUCCUCCUCCCACACCGAACGUGGAGGCCACCGGAUGUCCCAGCACAGUGUCAGGAGGUGGCGGAGGGUGCUCCUGUUCGGGGGCCAGCGGAGGAGGAGACCCGCAGCUGCAGGUGAUUCUGGACGAGGUACGCUUUAUUGCUGAGCGCUUUCGUGCUCAGGAUGAAAACGAGAGCGUGGCGGACCAGUGGAAGUUUGCAGCAGCAGUCAUCGACCGCCUCUGCCUGGUGGCCUUCAGCGUCUUCAACAUCAUCUGCACCAUUUCCAUCCUCAUGUCUGCGCCUAACUUUGUGGAGGCAGUGUCCAAGGACUUCAUUUGAUGAGCCCUCUUUUCAACAAGGAAAUGAAGAAAUGAAGAAAAAAAAAACAUGGCUGUGUGAAGGUCUGACUGUAAAAGUGAAGGGGGAUCUUUUUUAUCUCUGAGACUUUAUUAAAGACCUUCAUGUUAGGCAUUGAAUAUUUUUCAAGGGUGAUCUGUGAUUUUGGAAAAAAGUUAUGUUAGGGAUAUCUGCCCUCAGACUAGAGUGAUAUUGUAGUCUGGGGUCGCGGAGAAGCCCUCACUUAAAGGAUUUUUACACGUAACACCUACGGAGAUACUGACCUCACAACUGUGGCUGUGGCGUCUAGCCAUAUAGUAACCCCAAGACGAGGGGAAGACAAUGAGGACCCAAACCUUCAUUUUGUGUCAAGGAUGUAAUUGUGGCAUUUGUCUGUUUUCCUCUCUUAGAACAGUACAAAGUCACUCUUAAAUGUUCAAAUACAUUUUGGGAAUGUGUGCAUCUGGGUGAAUGUGUUGUUCUGAACGGAAAGAAGAAAAAAAAUAACCCAUAGAUCUGGUUCGAGGGAGACGGUGAAAGAGAAGUUCUGGAAGUCCUUGUCUAUGGAGGGGCAGGAGAGGUAGUAUUGAACGAAAGCAGACAAUUUUCAUCUUCGUUACAGAAGACGAGGAGGACUUAGUUCCCCUCAGAAUAUCAAUAGCACACAGAGGAGGCUAGACAGGCUGUAUCUUUACUUGCUGCACUUCGAGCGAUAGCGCAAAAGAUAACAGAUUGAUGCAGACGUCUGGAAAAAAACGAAAGAAACGUGCUCCAGAGACCUGCAAAGAUAGAGGCGAAAAGAGAAAGUAAGACAUCACAGGUGAAAGAGGAGACCAGAGAGCAAGGACGAAUACUGAGAGUUCAAGAAAAAUCAAAGAAAAAAGGGAGAUAUGUAAGGGAACGAAGGAGAUGGAUACCAAGAAAAAAAGGUAGGUGGAGAGCGAGGAAAAAUAAGAGAGAAAGAAUCCACUGAGUUAGAUAUACAGCAUGCUUGAGAGAGGGAGUCGAAAGGUCGGGGAACGCUUUUUAGUGGUAGGAGAGACAAUGACCUCGUCAUUACUGUCAUCAGUGCAGACCAUAGAGACAUAGAGACAACAAGAGAGAGGAAGAAAACUAGAAAGAUUUUAUUUGAGAUGGUGAUGGAGAACUAGAACUAGAAUUGGUAAAGACACCUUCAGAGACAUCUUCUAGACUUUUAUCUUUUGAGGCCCUCUGUCAGUAAGACAGCAGAAAAUAGAAGAAUAGUUAUGAACUGAAAAUACUCCCAUUGACUAAAAAUAAUGCACCAAGGAGGAGGACCUUUCUGAGCUGUUAGUGUCCCUUGUUUCACUACUAGGGUGACCAAGGUCAUCACACCAGCAGUCAGUUGGGGCAGUGUGUCACUCCACAGCAACAACGGGAUUUGAGGUGCUCACCACGAGCACAGCCAAGCCAAGGAUCUCUCACCAAGAGGUACACUACCCAAAAGCAGCCUCUGAGAGUUGUUUUAUAGGGCACUGGCUCUCUAUUCAGACCACACCUGUAAUUAUUUACAUAUCUACCGGAGACAUACAGUAACUGCAUGACGAGUUUUGCAGCGUGCGUCCAGGGUGCAUUAUUCUUCUGUCAAUGGGUGUACAGGCAGAAAAGGCAGAAUGGCUACAAAACCCAUCUGAUGUCAUUUUCCAGUCCUGGACCAAAUGGGGCAUAUCUAGCAUUAUCAUUAAGCUAAUGCUAUUGCCCAAAGCAACACGCUUUAAGCUGCUGCAGGGACAGUCCCUCAGAGAUAAGUGCCUCGCUCAAAGGCACUAUGGCAGUGGCCACAAGCAGGAAUCAAACCAAUGAGCAACAGCAAGUACACUAACAAUUUGACCACCACCAAGUGUGAACAUGAAUAGCCUUUGAUAUUCCACUGAUGAUGUCACUUAUGACCUCAAUCUGUUCUCUCAAAAGGCCCAUAUGUUGAAAAAACAGCAUUUUCCUUAUUUUAUGUAAGAAGAGUUUGAUGAACUGUGUAACAUGGUUGUUUAAAGACCCAUAUAAUGGAAAUCAGAAGUAGAUUUAUUCUACUAUAUACAUUAUCAGUCGGCACAGUUCAUGUAUGUGAACUAAGCUGCUAAAACAGCCCCUUUUCAAUUAUUUUUGUUCUCAAGGACUGAGUUUUGAAUGAGGCACAACACAGGGCAACCAUUCAGAAAAGAGAUUGUUUAAACUGAUCUCUGAUCAGAAACCGUUUAAUUCUGAGGGGUGGUCAAAACAAGACUAUUUUUCUUAACUAAAACACACAAUAUAAAUGUUAUAAACGAACCUCAGGGCAAAAAUACAGUACAGUAAAAAUGUAGAACUUAGGCCCUUUAAAGUUUUGAACCAUGACAGCUGAGUUGUGGGUGAAGGGGUCAGCCUGUCAGUAGAGAGGAUAUGUACAAUACUGUGCAAUACUUUUUUAACAUUUUCAUUUUUUUUCAGUAGAUUAGACUAGAUAAAUAAAUCAUAAAUAGUCAGAAUUCAGUUACCAAAUACACAGAAAUCGGAUCCAUAAGAACAUGGCAGUACCUGGUAACUGAAAGAAUGAAUAAUCUACCCUUACUGAGUAAAAAAAAAAAUAAAAAAAUUAACAAAAAAACAAUUGCACUACAGUACUGCAACCAGACACCAGAUACGUGAAGAAAGGUUUAUGGAUGGAAGAAUAAAAAUGUAGACCUUUAGGUUUUUAGCAGAGGGCAAUUAUAACGGUGCUUAAAAUAUAUGGAACUGGUGGUUUAUUUUUGUAUGAAAAAAAAAAAUACACAUUAAGAAUGCUGAGAAGAAACAGAUUUUAAAUAAUUGCGCAAAAUCCUCUGGAAAAAAUGUUAAAGAACAUUUGUUGAAGAAAUUCAUUCUACAUUAUAACCUAACAACCCCAAGCUCGAGACUUACUUAUCAAACUUCUGAAGCUGCUGGUGUUCUCAGAACAAUGAGCUGACCACCCUGGAGUCCAAACCUCAAUACCAAUGCCAGACCUCUAUAAAAAGUGUACGGGAUUACUCGACUUGCGAGAAGCAGAAAAAUCCUCCAACUUCUAAGACUCAACUUUUGGAGGUGUGGAAAAUCUCCCCGCUGAUUUCUGCAGGAAUACUGCAAAGAAAAAAGUCUCCUGAAGAGAAUACUGAAACAUUUGAUAUUUCGUUUCGUUUUUAAGGCUUCUGUGUAAUUUUCAGUUUCUUUUCAAAUGUGUUUCCUGCUUUUUCAUGAUGUGCUGAAAUGAAUAAAUUGAUUUGAUGACUGUCUAGACCGGGAGGAAAUUAAAUAAAGGAAGGGUGUUCUCUGGAAUUUG